CAAGGCCUUUUUGGACGCUUUCCUGCGGGUCCAACACUCAUCUCCGACCUUAAAUGGACCAGACUAAUGGAUUGGUUCGGUCAAGCACUGUAGCAUCCGAGGAGCAUCUGUGAUCCGUGUGUGUGUGCGCUGUCCAAUCCGGCGGAUCUUCAUUUAUAACUUACCAAAGCGCAUUUGGAGAGAUUUCACUCUCACGUUUGGAAAAUGUCCCUAAAGAAUUCCAAGUCAGGAUUCUCUGUCCGCGAUAUUUUAGACCUCCCGGAUACGAACGAUGAGGGAUCGGUGACUGAAGACACUGAGGAUGAGGCGGAUGAAGGGCUUUCGGGAAACCAGCAGGGCGCAUCCUCUAGAGAUGCGCUUUGGAUCGGAUCUCCGUGCGCCCACAAAUAUCCAUCAGUGCCAUCAGCAUCUCCAGAGGAUUUAACGCCAGAACUGUCCACGGAUGAGUCUGUUGAUCGGGACAGAGAAAGUUCAGAGGACUCUGGGAAAAAGCGCAAAAGACGAAUCCUGUUUUCAAAGACUCAAACGUUUGAACUGGAGAGACGCUUCAGGCAACAGAGAUACUUAUCCGCGCCUGAGAGAGAACAUCUAGCCAAGAUCUUACAUUUGACUCCAACGCAAGUGAAGAUUUGGUUCCAGAACCAUCGGUACAAAGUAAAACGAGCCCGGGCUGAGAAAGGAAUGGACCCGUAUCUGCUCUCUCCGCGCCGGGUUUCUAUUCCCGUCCUGGUGCGGGACGGAAGACCGUGUCACGUUCUCAGUCCUCAGGAUAUCACUGCUACUCUUCCAGCAGUCGCACCAUAUAGUGCCUUUAAUAUGAAGCAAUUUCCUCAGAUUCAACACAGUCAUAAUGUCUGCUCCAGCAUCAUGACACAUCUGACAUCUGUCAGUCAUCUGGGCCACAUGCAGCCUUGGUCCUGGUGAUGAGCAUCAUGGAGAGUUUUUACGCAACGAAACUUUCGCUUUAUUAAUUACAUUUCUACAAAGUGGAAAUAGCUUUUUAAUUGUGUUUUUUGUUUUCCCGACGUUGGUUUAUUGUCGAAACUGUAAU